AUGCCCUCCCGCCCAGCCCUCUUCGUCAUGCUCUUCUCGGCCAUCCUCUUCUACUUCUCCUUCCCCUCCCUCCAGGUCGAAUUCCGCAAAGCGUACGGCGUCGACCUGACCUGGGACGAGAUCAAGAAGAUUGACGUUCUCGAGGUGGACUGGCCCUUUGUGUUGCGCCAGAGGGGUGGGGAGGCGAUCAAGGAGGUGCGGAAGCGGUACGAGCUCUGA